ACUACUGAUUCCUAGUAUAAAAGCAGCCUACAUUGCAAAUUGUUCCCUCAAGUCUCUCUUCUCUUCCAACUUGUUCAGCGGUCAGUGGUCACAGAUACAACUCCACUCUUUCAUUGUUUCAACUUUCAACUUUCAACUUGUUGCCCAUAAUUUGCUUAAGUUUUUGUCAAAAUCCCAAAGUUAGAGCCUGGCUACAUCUAGUGUAUAGGCCUUACCUUACCCCAUCAUUUGCUCUAUGUAACUUCUAGUCGGACAUUUUAUCAUCAGAAAUAGAACAAAAGCAAUACUCCUACCAUGUCAUUCUGUCAGCUCCUUCUCUUUCUUUUCUCUAUCUCUUCCUUCUUCUUUGUUUCCAUUCAAAGCAGAGAGUUGCACAUUGUGUCUCAAAUUUCACUUCCUCCUAUGCCUGCGCCUGAAAUUGCAGCUGCUAGUCCAAGUUAUAAUGCAGAGUCCCCUAAAAUUCCUGCAGUCUUCAAUGUGCUAUCUUUUGGUGCUGUUGGGGAUGGCAUUGCAGAUGACACUCAGGCAUUCAAGUUGGCAUGGGACAUGGCUUGCCAGAAUGACUUAGCUGUUCUCCUUGUUCCCAGUGGGUAUUCCUUCAUGUUGCUGUCUACAAUCUUUACAGGACCCUGUAAAAAUAACCUUGUGUUACAGAUUGAUGGCACUAUAAUGCCACCUGACGGACCUGACUCUUGGCCAAGAAAUAGCAGCAAAAGGCAGUGGUUGGUCUUCUACAGAAUCAAUGGAAUGUCUAUGCAAGGAGGCGGCCUAAUUGAUGGUAGGGGAGAAAAAUGGUGGAAUCUUCCCUGCAAACCUCACAAAGGAAUUAGUGGAACAACACAGCCUGGACCUUGUGACAGCCCAGUUGCCAUAAGGUUUUUCGUGAGCUCCAACUUGACAGUAAAAGGACUUCAAAUAAGGAACAGCCCUCAGUUCCAUUUUAGGUUCGAUGCUUGCCACGAUGUUCAUGUAGAAUCUCUGAGUAUCAAAGCGCCUGCUCAAAGUCCCAACACAGAUGGGAUUCAUAUAGAAAACACAAACAAUGUUCAGAUAUAUAAUUCAGUCAUAUCAAACGGUGAUGACUGUGUAUCAAUUGGAGCUGGUUGCUUUAACGUUGACAUAAAGAAUGUGACUUGCGGUCCAAGUCAUGGUAUAAGUAUUGGCAGUCUCGGGUUUCACAACUCUCGGGCUUGUGUUUCAAACAUCAGUGUCUCCGAAUCAGUCAUCAAGCAGUCCGACAAUGGCCUCCGGAUAAAAACGUGGCAAGGAGGUUCUGGCUCUGUGUCAAAUGUUGCCUUCCAUAACAUUCACAUGGAUGCAGUUCGGAAUCCCAUCAUCAUAGACCAAUACUACUGUCUCACCAAAAAUUGCAGCAACCAGACCAGUGCAGUUCAGGUCAAGGACAUUGUGUAUAGCAACAUAAAGGGAACCUAUGAUGUGAGAAGCCCAUCAAUGAAUUUUGCCUGCAGUGACUCAGUUCCAUGCACUAACCUAACUCUGACAGAAGUAGAGCUGCUUCCUGCUCAGGGCCAGACUCGGGCAAAUCCAUUUUGCUGGAAUGCUUAUGGAACCGUUCAGAUACUUACCACUCCACUGGUAUACUGCUUGUUGGAGGAUAUACCACAAGCCUUUAAACAGAACUACGUUGAUAGUUGCUAAUUAAUACCAAUUAAACAUAAUGCAAAACACCAAAUGGAUGAUAAAAUUCAGUUCCUUAGAUUAGGAACAUGCAAAUGUACAUGUAUGUACAAGCCUCUUAAUCAUAAAUAAGUCUGGAAGUUGACA